ACAUAGAUAUAAAUCUUCAUGCUGCAAAUUCAGAAUGCAACAACCAAGCUCUGAUUAUUCUCCAGACCUGGUCAAAGAAACCUGCACCAGUGUGGAACCUCCAGACAGAGAAGCUGAUCUCCAUGAGGAAAAUCCUGCUUUGUCUAAAAGCAGCAGCUCAGAUGUCUUCAGUUCCUCUGAAAAGCAGGCAGUACCAGUUUGUGUGGACACCACCGUGCCUCCAGAGGACUACAUUCUCAGACGAGGUUACACAGAGCCUUCACUUCUGAGGCUUCCUACAGAGGAGUGCAUUGGGUUCCACCAUGCGCCUAUACAGUUCGACCGUCAUGCUCGUGCCAGAAUUUCCACUUCUCCAACUUUAAGGCGUCUAAGGAUGGCCUCUGCCUCACAAGCACUGUCAUUUCAGGACUGUUCUGACACAGGUCGGCUGGGGAAUCAGAAGGAAUACAUUGGCUCUCUCCAUCACAUUUGUAAGAGCCCACCUCGGUGCAUUACAGUUUCUUCACUGUCACUGCCUUCUUGUGUCCAUGCAAAAUUAUUGUCGUCCAAAGCCAAGUCUGAGAGAACUAUAGCAGCUCCAGAGUCUGACCUACCCAGGUCAAAGCUUCCAAGCCAAGAGGAUCCUCUCAGCAAUGGCAGUCCCAAUGCGCCACCCAGAAACUCUUGGAGAGCCAACUCUGCUACACUUCCUACGAGACUGCCCCGCCCAAGCCCUGCACUUUGGGUAGGUGUCCAGGUAAGAGGAAUAGGAGGAUGCAACCUCUUUUUCCAUCUUUCAUUUUCAGUGUUGGUCCAUCAUGGGCCAGUGCACAAAUAA